GUCACACGCAGCGUUCCCCACCUGCGCUUGCGCAGGGGAGGAACACGCAGUCCGGAAAGACGCCGGAAAUUCUGGGUUGCGCAGCCGUGGAGCUACCUCAAGGCGGAACUGGGGCGUCCAGGGCUUCGGCAGCCUGAACACCCGGUGUGAAAGGAAGGUGGCAGCCGUGGAGCGGCGCGCAUGCGCAGCAGCUCCCCCUGCUGAAGGGCUGAGAGGCGCACCGGGGCAGCCAGCUGGGCUAGAAGCGGAGUGGGGUCAGGAUGGACGAGGACGUGCUGACCACUCUGAAAAUCCUCAUCAUCGGCGAGAGUGGGGUGGGCAAGUCCAGCCUGCUCUUGAGGUUCACAGAUGAUACGUUUGAUCCAGAACUUGCAGCAACAAUAGGUGUUGACUUUAAGGUGAAAACAAUUUCAGUGGAUGGAAAUAAGGCUAAACUUGCAAUAUGGGAUACUGCUGGUCAAGAGAGGUUUAGAACAUUAACUCCCAGCUAUUACAGAGGUGCACAGGGUGUUAUAUUAGUUUAUGAUGUCACAAGAAGAGACACAUUUGUUAAACUGGAUAACUGGUUAAAUGAAUUGGAAACAUACUGUACAAGAAAUGACAUAGUAAACAUGCUAGUUGGAAAUAAAAUUGAUAAGGAAAAUCGUGAAGUCGAUAGAAAUGAAGGCCUGAAAUUUGCACGAAAGCAUUCCAUGUUGUUUAUAGAGGCAAGUGCAAAAACCUGUGAUGGUGUACAAUGUGCCUUUGAAGAACUUGUUGAAAAGAUCAUUCAGACCCCUGGACUGUGGGAAAGUGAGAACCAGAAUAAAGGAGUCAAACUGUCACACAGGGAAGAAGGCCAAGGAGGAGGAGCCUGUGGUGGUUAUUGUUCUGUGUUAUAAACUCUGGGAAAUUCCGUCUCUUGCAUAUUUGAUCAGAUAGUUACAUCUUUCUGUAUAUAAACUCUUUAACUGCUAUUUUAGGGACCUUGCAGUUUGCACAUAGUUAUUUUAUAUCAUAGCAGUGAAUAUUUGCAAGAAAUCCCACUCAUCGGCCCCAGGUAAAAUGUUAUGGUAAGCAUGCACAGUUUGCAGUCUGCGGUUUUUUAUGUAGCACAAAAUAGGUGUACCUUUAUAAGUACAUUCAAUUUUAUGAUUUACAUUUAUCAUGUAAUUAAAAAAAAUCCAUCUAUCUACUAUAUGUUGAUACAAAGUCUGCUUUUGGUAUUCUUUUUGCUUAAAUACUCCUAUUAAUUUCUGAAUUACUUGGUAUGUAGAACUCCUAGAACCACAGGGAAGAGUAGAGGUAUCAUCAAACAUGGCAAAUUUUCUUUCAGGAAUAAUAAAGAGCAUGAUUCCACAACUUUUCUAGGAUGUUUGAGAUUCUUUUUUAGUACUAAGCAAAAUUUUCAUUACAGAAUGUAGCCCAGGCCAAUUUAUAACUAAAUCUCUUAUUUGUUCGGAUGAUGCUUCUAAACAGCACUGAUAGCUUAAAGAAACUUGGUAUUUUUAACUUACUUCAAUGAUUAGCUCAGUUGCUUAACUGGAGUUUUAAUCCUGUGAUAUGCAUAUUGGAUUCAUGGCUCAAUUUUUAGUUAUAUGGUGUUUGGCAGAAUAGCAAUAAGGUUUUCGCCCGUUUUGGUUUCAGGAGGACAUUAAUAGUGUGUUUAUUGUAACUCGUAGUACUAACCACUUUUAAAACCAACCUUUUUUUUUCCCCCCGUAAAUGUUGGUAGUGUUUGUCCAGGUGCCUCAAUUGUAGCUUGUGUAAUGUUGAUGAAUAUCUGUAUCUUAUGGCUUCCAUAAUGGCUGGUUGGUAUUCUAAAACCUAUUUCUGUGUUUUGAGGGGUGGGGAAAAAAAAGGCAUAUUGCUUCUAGGUUCUGAUGUGUGAGGGAAAAUACUGUCACAAUGAAAAUUUUGACAAUUUACUGUAACAAGUAACCAAUAGUUUAUCAAAACCAACUGGUACAGAUUAAUAAAUCUUUUUCACAGUAUUCAGUUUUCUCACCUCUUGCUAUUGUAUACUGUAUAUUUUCUCACUCAUUUGUUAUUUAAUUUACAUUGAUCUCCUCUAUUUUAACUCCCCAAAUAAGUUAUUUGUCCUUUAAGAUUGGUUGGUAUAGUACUUAAUUUCUGGGCAGUUUGUUCUCUGUAUACAAUUGCAAAUGAUAAGCAUUUUUGUGAGUGACCACCUUUGCAAUAUGUUUGUUAAUGAAUUUAUUUCGUGUUGGGUUCUUUCUGAAUUGUACAUCUUCACAUAUAAAAACCUCACAUUCUACUUGAUUUUACACUUCUUAGUCUAUAUUACAUGUGGUUGAAGGUUUUAUACAUUCUGUAUGCUUUUGCUAAAUACACAAUAUUUACUACUAGAAAUUUGGAGAAAGAACACUAACACAUAUACUUGCGAUUUGCUCAUGUUACAUUAAAACUUGAGAUUUGUGUGUUUAUGUAGUCUCUAUUAAUAAGACUUUUAUGUUUAUGGUUUUUUGCUCCUUGAGCUGUAUAAUAAUCUGUGUAUUAGAUUGUUGUCUUGAUUUGGUCUAAAUUUGAAUACAUACGAAUUACUUGAAUAUAACAAAAAUGAAUUUUGUUUGAUAGAUUUAUAUUGUAACCUUUUUCUAGUUCUUGAAUAAAUAUAGCCUGCUUUCCCUAGA